GCCACCUCUUGCGCGAGAUUAUCAGAGAUCUCAAGAAUAUUGACCUCUUUUUCCAGCGGAAAAGCCAAUGCAGAAGUUAUUUGUUUUUUUCUUUAUCAAAACUAUGCUUCGUGAUCGCGCUUGAAGUGAAAUUCGAGCGCCACAAUGUAGUCAAAACAUCUGCGAUCUUGAUCUGUUUGGGCGGGAAUUGAACAAAAAGUGCUAAUCAAUUUGCAUCUCUUUCACGAUGAUGCAGACAUUCUGUUGGGCAACUAUGGGUACUUGAGAAAUACAGAUGCAAGGAGGAAAAAACACUCGAGAGAUCUUGUGAAAUGCCCAAAAAAACACUCUGAGCCAAAAAAGUCACUAGAAGUGAACAUCCUCUACCUGUUUUCAUUGGCACUGUUCAUGUGCGCGACACAACUGCGAGAUAGUGUGAGAGACAAUGUUAUUUUUUAAACUAUUUUUAGUGGUUUCUCGUGCCAUGAAUACUGACGAGUGUGAGAAAGAGUCCCAGGAAUUCCCCAUCGAGUGUUGCGCGAGGAGAUAAGCCGUGAUGACUUCACAGAGAAUCACCCUGCCGGCUCUGCUGGUGGUUCUGUGUGCGUGUCUGGUGGAGAAUUUGAGCGUGGAGGAUAGUUUCAGCAAUGGCCUCAAUGUGAGUCUUCCAGAACCACGUGCCUACAUUCCGGACGCUCAUCUUCUGGACUUUGUCUACCACAAUCACGAGGAGAUGACGAGAUUCCUGCGCGCCACCAGUGCUCGCUACCCCAAUCUCACUGCCCUAUACUCCAUUGGCAAGUCCGUCCAGGGACGCGAUCUCUGGGUCAUGGUGGUCUCGGCGUCGCCUUAUGAGCACAUGCUGGGCAAGCCAGAUGUGAAAUAUGUGGCCAACAUUCAUGGGAAUGAGGCUGUCGGUCGCGAGCUGAUGCUACACUUGAUACAGUACUUUGUCACAAGCUACACCACUGAUCCCUAUAUCAAAUGGCUGCUGGAUAACACGAGAAUUCACAUUUUACCUUCGCUCAAUCCGGACGGCUUCGGUGUGAGCAAGGAAGGAACGUGCGAUGGUGGACAGGGACGCUACAAUGCUCGGGGCUUUGAUCUCAAUCGCAACUUCCCGGACUACUUUAAAGCGAACAACAAGCGUGGACAGCCGGAGACUGAUGCUGUGAAGGAGUGGAUCUCCAAGAUACAAUUCACGCUCAGUGGCUCACUCCAUGGGGGCGCUCUCGUGGCCAGUUAUCCGUAUGAUAACACCCCGAACUCUAGGAUUUGUCGGUCAUCUGCUCUGUGCUCUUUGUUCCAGAGCUAUGCUUCGUCACCAUCUAUCACGCCGGAUGAUGACAUCUUCCGCCACCUGUCGCUCACGUAUGCCAGCAAUCAUGCCAAGAUGAGUCGUGGUGUGGCCUGCAAGACCACCUCGCCUUCCUUCGAGAAUGGUAUCACAAAUGGCGCCGCGUGGUAUCCACUCACAGGCGGCAUGCAGGACUACAACUACAUCUGGUAUGGAUGCAUGGAGGUGACUCUGGAAGUGUCUUGCUGCAAGUAUCCGCCUGCUCAUGAGCUGCGCAAGUAUUGGGAUGACAACCAAUUGUCUCUCGUGAAGUUCCUGGCUGAAGUGCAUCGGGGAGUGCAGGGCUUCGUGACGGAUGUGAGUGGAACACCCAUUGAGAAGGCUUCGCUGAAAAUCAAGGGACGCGAUGUGGGCUUCCAGACCACGAGAUAUGGUGAAUUCUGGAGGAUUCUUCUGCCUGGAGUGUACAAGCUUGAGGUCUACGCUGAUGGUUAUAUCCCUCGUGAAGUGGACUUUAUGGUGGUGGAUCAACAUCCGACACUCCUCAAUGUCACUAUGCAGCCAGCCAAGGGAUAUCACAUGUAUAAUUUACUAAAGACCACCACAACAACAACACCCAUUCCGCGACCGCCUCCAGCGCAGGAGAGCGCCGAUCAGAUACAAUUUCCUGAAUAGUAAUCCGCACCGCCCACGAAAUCCUCUCCAAAUUGUUGCUAAAAUUUGUUCUCUUCAGCGUGUGUUCCUCAAUAUUUGAAUCUCUAUGUAAAAACCAAUAAUGUAGCCGUGAUGUUUGUUGCCUUGUUGAUUGUAUACAUUGUAUAUAAGCGUGUUGGGCGGAAUGUGGGACAGAGGGGAUGAACUGACCUGUGGUGGAGGAAGUGACAAGAGCCCAGCCACACGAAUUAAUUGACUUAGAUGGAUGGAGAGAGGUGAAAGUUGUUGGUUUGCGAUUCAAUUAAAAGUUGCUCGAAAAAAACCCGCGUCAAUUGCACUCUUCCUUGACUGUUCUCUUAUAGCGAAAUGACGGCACAUACUACCGUCCAGUGAUAACGCCGCAGUACAGGCCGCCUCCGUCACCCACCAAUCAGCAGCAGGACUCUAGCAUCUUGUCCUCCAUCUCCAGUGGCUUCAACAGCUUGGUGAGCAAUUUCUUCGGCUGAUAGACGAGGCCGCGACUGACCAAAGCGGGAAACGCUGCAUGAUAUUCACGAAUAACCCAUCUUUAGUACUUCUGUGCAUUUUAUUUAGUUUUACUUCGAGUAUUUUGUAUUUAAUGCCCUUUUAAUAAAGUGGA